AUGUCGAGCCCUGCAAAAAAGAGAAAACUGAAUUCGGAUGGGAAGCAGAAAGCCCCGCCCGCCAAGGGCCUGGAAUACUUCUUUGCGAAGCAAAAGCAGAAUGCCUCUGCAUCCAAACCCUCGUCGAACGCAGGGCUUGUCGACCAACCAUCCAAUGUUGAUGACUCCUUGACAGACGAAGAACUAGCUAGGAAACUCCAGGCCGAGUGGGAUGCGGAGGUUAGACACGGAUCUUGUUCUCAUUCUAGUUCUAGUUCAGCACCACCUCAAUCCGGAGACCGAAAUGUUGAUGCCGAUAUGCCUACGACGAUCCCCACCCCCACUCCACAGCCACCAACCAUCCCUCCGUCGCCAGUUGGAUUGCAGACGACAAAAGGGCCAAGUACAUUGUCACUUUCGUCAGUCACCGCGUCCGGGGAUCAGACUACGGCAUCUAUCCCGCUGGAUGAAACACCGCUCACUUUUGAUCCGUCGAAGUACUUGCCUCAUUUGCAGCAAUCUUGGGCUUCCGAUGGGGGCAACGCUUCGUACGCCUUGUUGACGCGUUGUUUUGCCCUUGUAAAUGGAACACAAAGCCGAAUCAAGAUUGUCGACACUCUUGUCAACUGCAUUCGUCUGCUGAUCGAAGGGGAUGACCAGAGCCUCCUCCCGGCUGUUUGGUUAGCCACCAAUGCCAUAUCACCGCCAUACAUCUCCAUGGAGCUUGGUCUCGGCGGUUCGGCUAUCUCCAAGGCUUUGAAGCAAGCCUGUGGACUCGACAAUAGAGCUCUCAAGGCUUUGUAUAACAAGGUCGGCGACCCUGGUGACGUAGCCUUUGAGGCGAAAAAGAAACAGAGCUUUACCUUGCGCAAACCGAAGCCGCUCACCGUGAAGGGCGUGUUUGGUUCUUUGGUCAAGAUUUCCAAAGCCCAAGGACAAGGGAGUGGGGAUGCUAAGCAGAGAAUUGUGGAUAGACUGUUGCAGGAUGCCCGGGGAGGCGAGGAGAGUCGAUACAUUGUGCGAACGUUGUGCCAACAUCUCCGUAUUGGUGCGGUGAAGACAACGAUGCUUAUUGCCUUGUCAAGAGCGUUCUUGUUGUCGAAACCCCCGGGCGCAGAUUUCGCAACGCGAGAUCCGCAGGAGUUGGCCAAGCUCAAGAAGGAAGACCUAGCUGAGGUAUGGGCAAGGGGGGAGGAGCUUGUCAAGGCUUCAUAUGCCCGGCAUCCCGAUUACAACGACCUCAUUCCCACUUUACUGGAAACGGGGAUAUCCGAAGAACUGCUUGUCCGCUGUGGGCUCACAAUACACAUCCCACUGCGGCCUAUGUUGGGAAGCAUCACCCGCGACCUGUCCGAGAUGCUGAUCAAACUUCAAGACCGCGAAUUCGCCUGUGAGUACAAAUAUGACGGUCAACGAGCACAGGUACACUGCGAUUCCAAUGGGAAGGUGUCCAUUUUCUCGCGGCACCUGGAACUCAUGACUGACAAGUACCCGGAUCUUGUUGCUCUUGUCCCGAAAAUUCGCGGCGACGGGGUUGAGAGUUUCAUUCUUGAAGGCGAAGUGGUGGCUGUCGAUCGUGCAACUGGCGAUCUGAAAAACUUCCAAACGCUCACCAACCGGGCUCGAAAGGACGUUGCGAUUGGAGCCGUCACGAUAGAUGUGUGUUUAUUUGCCUUCGACCUGAUGUAUCUCAACGGACAGUCCCUCCUUGAACAGCCAUUUCGAAGGAGGCGAGAUUUGCUCCGCUCACUUUUUGUGGAGAUACCGCAUCAUUUCACCUGGGUCAAGAGCCUCGACGCCACCUCUCAGGACUCGGAGCGGGUAUUGGAGUUCUUCAAAUCCGCUUUGGAGACCAAAUGUGAGGGUAUUAUGGUUAAAAUUCUCGACAAUCUCCCUCAGCAGAAUGACCGCGACCUCGAUACACCCGAACGAGCCACGGAACCAACAACUAGGAGAGAUCACAAGGCAAAGGAAGCCAAAUCAACAGGCAUAGACACGGCACCACCUAAACCCUCACGCCGCAAGCCCCUCCUGGCAACGUACGAACCCGACAAGCGUCUCGAUUCUUGGCUGAAAGUGAAAAAGGACUACUCUGCAACAUCCGAGACACUCGACCUCAUCCCGAUCGCGGCAUGGCACGGACAGGGGCGCAAAGCGCGGUGGUGGUCGCCUAUCUUGCUGGCAGUGCGAAAUGAUGAAACGGGGUGUCUUGAAGCCGUGUGUAAAUGCAUGUCAGGAUUUACAGACGCGUUUUAUAAAGCGAAUCGGGCGUUUUAUGAUGAUGGCACUGGGAAUGGAGAUGAACAGGAGCUUCCGGACGCAGCUGACACCGAAGAUGGGGAGGAAGGGCAGGAUGAAGACGGGCCUGGAACAAGCAAAAAUACGCAUGCUAAAAAGCCCAGUUUCGUCGAGUACGCCGGUGGGGUUCCCGAUGUGUGGUUUGAGCCUCAGGAGGUUUGGGAGGUCGCGUUUGCGGAUAUCACGGUGAGUCCGACGUACAUAGCGGCGAUUGGAUUGGCACGGGAGGAUCGUGGAUUGAGUCUGCGGUUUCCGCGGUUUUUGCGGAAGCGAGAAGAUAAGGGUGUGGAAGAGGCUAGUACAAGCGCAUUCUUGGCGGAAUUAUGGAGGAAGCAGGAGGCAAAGGCACCGGCUCGAGACGACAGGGUACCGGAAGGGGACGAUUUACGGGAGGAAGAUGACGCUUUGGAGUAG